CAGUUGAGGGAAAAAGAAUGAAUUAGGACGCGCGUGGCGAGAUGCACGCGAGUUCGCGAAUGGGUCAUAAAUUGCCGGCUGGAGUGUCGUCACCGCGAGGACUUCCCGGCCAAGAUGGCGGAGGGCAUCCCGUUAGAUCCGAUGCGGAAGAGCUCGAGGAGGAGCCCUUACGCCUACCGCUCCGCCAGACACUCCAGAUUCUCCGUCGACGAUGAGCCGUCGAGCACGGACGAGAUGCCCCUGAUGAUGUCCGACGAGGCCCUCGGGAACGACGAAAGCGACUACCAGACGCUGCCCCGGGCCAGAUUCGACCACAGACAGCGAGGCCUUGGCUGGUUCCUCCUCGGCGGCUGGAGACUCCUCUGUGGAAGCUGCUGCGACUGCCUGGUCCGAAUGUGUCGCCGCAAGAAGGAGCUGAAGGCGCGCACCGUCUGGCUGGGCCGCCCGGAGAAGUGUCACGACAAGUUCCCCAAGAACGCCAUCCGCAACCACAAGUACAACGUCUUCACCUUCGUGCCAGGGGUUCUCUACCAGCAGUUCAAGUUCUUCCUCAAUCUCUACUUCCUGGUGGUGGCCUGCUCGCAGUUUGUGCCCUCGCUGAAGAUCGGAUACUUGUACACGUACUGGGCGCCUCUGGGUUUCGUGCUAGCCGUCACGAUGGUGCGCGAGGCCGCGGACGAGGUGCGGCGCCACCAGCGGGACAAGGAGAUGAACUCGCAGCUGUACGGCAAGCUGACGCUGCGCGGUAAAAUUCAGGUGAAGAGCUCGGACAUCCAAGUGGGAGACCUGAUUAUCGUCGAGAAGAACCAAAGGAUUCCCGCAGACAUGAUAUUCCUGAGGACGUCGGAACGGAACGGGGCCUGCUUCAUCAGGACUGACCAGCUCGACGGAGAGACGGACUGGAAGCUGAAAGUGGCCGUGGAAUGCACCCAGCGACUUCCGGCACUGGGGGACCUCUUCUCCAUCAGCGCCUUCGUCUACGCUCAGAAGCCUCAGCUGGACAUCCACAGCUUUGAGGGAAACUUCACACGGGAAGACUCAGACCCCCAGGUCCACGAGAGCCUGAGCAUCGAAAACACGCUGUGGGCCAGCACCGUCGUCGCCUCGGGCACUGUGAUCGGGGUGGUGAUCUACACGGGCAAGGAGACCCGCAGCGUACUCAACACGUCGUAUGCCAAAAACAAGGUGGGCCUGUUGGACCUGGAGCUGAACAGGCUUACCAAAGCCCUGUUCUUGGCCCAGUUUCUUCUGGCCAUCGUCAUGGAAGCGCUGCACGGCUUUGCGGGCCUGUGGUUCCGCAAUCUCUUCCGCUUCGUGGUGCUGUUCUCCUACAUCAUCCCCAUUAGCCUGCGGGUCAAUCUGGACAUGGGCAAGGCGGCCUACGGCUGGAUGAUCAUGAAGGACGAGAACAUUCCCGGCACGGUGGUGAGGACCAGCACCAUCCCGGAAGAGCUGGGCCGGCUGGUCUACCUGCUGACGGACAAAACAGGUACUUUGACCCAAAACGAGAUGAUCUUUAAGAGGCUGCAUCUGGGGACCGUGUCUUAUGGCACCGACACCAUGGAUGAGAUCCAGAGCCAUAUUAUCCAGUCCUAUGCUCAGGGCUCCUCCACAGCGUCCCAGAAAUCCCAGACCCCGGGCCCCAAAGUUCGCAAGAGCGUCAGCAGCCGCGUCCACGAGGCGGUGAAGGCCAUCGCCCUGUGCCACAACGUCACGCCCGUCUACGAGUCGUGCGGAGAGACGGAGACGGCGGAGGCCGACCAGGACUUCGUCGACGACAACCGCACCUACCAGGCCUCCAGUCCCGACGAGGUGGCGCUGGUGCGCUGGACGGAGAGCGUGGGCCUCACCUUGGUCAACCGAGACCUGGCCUCCCUGCAGCUGAAGACGCCCGCCGGACAGAUCCUGUCCUUCAACAUCCUGCAGAUUUUUCCCUUCACCUCGGAGAGCAAGCGCAUGGGCAUCAUCGUCCGGGAGGAGUCAACAGGAGACAUCACGUUCUACAUGAAGGGCGCCGACGUGGCCAUGGCGACCAUCGUCCAGUACAACGACUGGCUGGAAGAGGAGUGUGGCAACAUGGCCAGAGAAGGUCUGCGAACGCUGGUGGUGGCCAAGAAGUCACUGUCUGAGGAGCAGUACCAAGACUUUGAGAGCCGCUACAACCAGGCCAAGCUGAGCAUCCACGACCGCGCCCUGAAGGUCGCGGCUGUGGUGGAGAGCCUGGAGCGGGAGUUGGAGCUCCUCUGCCUGACCGGCGUGGAGGACCAGCUGCAGGCCGACGUCAGGCCCACCCUGGAGCUGCUCAGGAACGCCGGCAUCAAGAUCUGGAUGUUGACCGGGGACAAGCUGGAAACGGCCACAUGCAUCGCCAAAAGCUCUCAUUUGGUGUCCAGAAACCAGGACAUUCACGUUUUCCGACCGGUGACAAACCGAGGGGAGGCCCACCUGGAGCUCAACGCCUUCCGCAGGAAGCACGACUGCGCCCUGGUCAUCUCGGGCGACUCCCUGGAGGUGUGCCUGCGCUACUACGAGCACGAGUUCGUGGAGCUGGCGUGCCAGUGCCCCGCCGUGGUGUGCUGCCGCUGCUCGCCCACGCAGAAGGCCCAGAUCGUCACGCUGCUCCAGAUGCACACCGCCAACAGGACCUGCGCCAUCGGUGACGGCGGGAAUGACGUCAGCAUGAUCCAGGCUGCCGACUGCGGUAUUGGAAUCGAAGGAAAGGAAGGCAAGCAGGCGUCGCUGGCGGCCGACUUCUCCAUCACGCAGUUCAAGCACGUCGGCCGCCUCCUCAUGGUGCACGGCAGGAACAGUUACAAGCGCUCGGCGGCCCUGGGCCAGUUUGUCAUGCACCGGGGCAUGAUCAUCUCCGCCAUGCAGGCCAUCUUCUCGUCCAUAUUCUACUUCGCUUCUGUUCCCUUGUACCAAGGAUUCCUCAUGGUUGGUUACGCCACCAUCUACACCAUGUUCCCGGUGUUCUCCUUGGUCCUGGACCAGGACGUCAAACCGGAGAUGGCGCUUCUCUACCCGGAGCUCUACAAGGACCUGACCAAGGGCCGUUCGCUUUCCUUUAAGACCUUCCUGGUUUGGGUUUUGGUCAGCGUGUAUCAAGGGGGCAUCCUGAUGUACGGGGCGCUGUUGCUGUUUGAGUUGGAGUUCGUGCACGUGGUGGCCAUCUCGUUCACGGCGCUCAUCUUGACCGAGCUCCUGAUGGUGGCGCUGACGGUGCGCACGUGGCACUGGCUGAUGGUGCUGGCAGAGUUCCUCAGCCUGAGCUGCUACUUGGCGUCGCUCGCCUUCCUCAACGAGUACUUCGACUUGGCCUUCAUCACCACGUGGCCUUUCGUGUGGAAGGUGUCGUCCAUCACGCUGGUCAGCUGCCUGCCGCUUUACAUCAUCAAGUACCUGAAGCGCAAGUUCUCCCCGUCCAGCUACUCCAAACUGGCCUCCUGAGGCCCCCGCCGACGCCAUCUCGUCACCAUCCCGCGUGCGCUUUGCUUUGCCGGCGCCGCAACUCCUCGCUGCUGGAUGUGGAGGUCAGUGACCCACUGGAGCAAUCAGACACUUUUUUUUUUUUUUUUUUUUGUUUUUUGUUCCCCCCCCCCUUUUUUUUUUCAUUGACAUCUCAGAGUUUUGGGGAUGACUUGAACUGAACGAGCAGAAAAAGUCAAAAGAGGAUCUCGUCAGACAUCAUAAUGGCCGCCGAGGGUGGGGUGGGUGGGUCGGGGGGGGUCACGCGCUUCAAUUCGAAGCUCCUUAAGUGUUAUUUUUAUACUUUUUAUAUAUAUAUACAUUGUUUUAAGUGUUCUUUUUACUCAAGUGCUGUCGUUGUCGUCCGGAAUGAGUUUUAUCAUUCCCGGCAUCCCCCUUUUCGCAUCUGUGUUCGCACAUAUCGUUCUUUCGUGUGUUCAUUUAAAAAAAAAAAAAAAAGCAAAAAAGAAAGUUCCAGGUGAGAUGUUGUAAAAGAUAAACGGAUAAUCGUUAUAUUGGGGGAAAAACUUGCCCCAAAGUUCAUUCCUGUGUGGUGGUGGCAGAAUUUAGUGGAAUGUUUUUCUUUUUUUUGUUUAUUGUCCCACACUGCAAGUUGAAGCCGUUUGGCUGCUAAUGUUCUUGUUGUUUUUCUUUCCAUUCAAAAUAAAUAAAACGCGAAAUGUUGAA